AGAGACCGCAGAUGCUCGACCAGGAUUACCCCCCUCUGAGAUGAGAUAAAGGCGCCAAGACAUCACAACAUUAAGAUGUUUUGCGCAAAAUUGAAAGAACUGAAAAUAUCCGGAGAGUGUCCGUUCUCCAGCAGCGCCAAAAAUAAUGAGCCCGUAGACUUUGAGGUGCGCGCAAGAGACGGUGCGGAUAUAUUGCCUGUUUCUAAGGACGUGCAUGGGAAAAUUGGUGAGGAUCUACCUCGACAGAAAAUAAGCAGAUCCAAAGUUAACCUUCAUACGCUUGGGGACAGCAUCCGAAAGCUGGCAUGUCCCGAGUUUCAAAGGCUGCAUGCUGCCCUCCAACGAAUAAUGAGACUAUCAAUACAUACCAGGGACGAUGAAAGUCUAGCAAUGUGCUGUACAGACUAUCCAGGUUGCACUGAUAACCCAGAGCAUUUACUGGAGAUAAUGAAUGCUUACUCAAGUAAAACAGGUAUCAAAAUGGAUGCUUUGAAAAUCAUCCUCGGUGAGGAGCUCUUCAAAAUGUGUUACGAGGAGGACGGGCAGAUAUUGAGGGUGGUGGGGGGAGCUCUUCACGACUUCCUCAACAGCAUCAAUGUCUUGUUGAAACAGAGCAGCACGCAGCCCUACCCAGACAGAGUAGAUUGUGUAAACGAACCCUCGGUGCUGUGCUUAGACAAGGAUCCGGGUCUGCUUACUGUCUAUUACUUCAACCCCCACCCGACCACUGAGCUCUUCUUCCCUGGAGUCGUCAAAGCUGCUGCGCUCCUGCUGUAUCACAGCACUGUGGAUGUGCUGAUGGAUGCCCCUGGUGCAAAGGACAGCAUCUUGCAGUCCAGCCCACAGACCAGUCUUCUGUACACAGUAGUAGUAAAGGACUCUAAAAACCUGAGCCCCAGUCCACUCCGGGCAACCUCAGCUGGGACCCUUCCUACCUCUUUGUUCUCCACCAUCUUCCCUUUCCAUUUGUUCCUGGACCAGGACUUGGUCUUACUACAAAUAGGGCAUGGGCUCAGGAAGAGAUUGACCAGGAAGGAUGGACUGAGGCGGCCUGCUGCCUUUCAAGAACAUUUCUCUAUUGUCUCUCCCCAAAUCAAAUGUACCUUUCAGGGUAUUCUGACCAUGCUCAACACGCAGUUUAUUAUCAGGAUCAAGCAUGGCCUUUCCACCACAGAUAACACAGGAAAGCCUAUGGACCUAAAAGGUCAGAUGAUUUAUGUUCCUGAGUCAAAUGCCAUUCUGUUCCUGGGCUCGCCAUGUGUGGACAAGCUAGAGGAGCUGACUGGCCGCGGCCUCUACCUGUCAGACAUCCCUGUUCAUAACGCACUGCGUGACGUCGUCCUUGUCGGUGAGCAGGCCAAAGCCCAGGAUGGUUUGAAGAAGCGUCUGGGGAAGGCCAAGGCUGCCUUGGAGCACGCUCAUCAAGCAUUGGAGGAGGAGAAGAAAAAGACGGUGGACCUCCUCUUCUCAAUCUUCCCUGGCACUGUGGCUCAGCAGCUGUGGCAGGGCCAAACAGUCCAGGCCAAGAAGUUUGACCAAGUUACAAUGCUGUUCUCUGACCUUGUGGGCUUCACAGCUGUGUGCUCACUCUGCACCCCGAUGCAGGUGAUCACCAUGCUUAAUGAGCUGUACACCAAGUUUGACCACCAAUGUGGAGAGCUCGAUGUUUAUAAGGUGGAGACCAUUGGAGAUGCUUACUGUGUAGCUGGUGGCUUACAUAAGGAGAGCGAGACACAUGCCGUCCAAAUUGCACUCAUGGCCUUAAAGAUGAUGGAGCUUUCACACGAGGUCACGACGCCAACUGGAGAGCCCAUUCAGAUGCGAAUAGGCCUCCAUACCGGUUCUGUGCUUGCUGGUGUGGUUGGUGUUAAGAUGCCACGCUACUGCCUCUUUGGCAACAAUGUCACUUUGGCAAACAAGUUUGAAUCCUGUAGCCAGCCUAGAAAAAUCAACAUCAGCCCCACAACACACAGAUUGCUGAAAGAUUGCCCAGAGUUUGUCUUCAUUCCCAGGACCAGACAGGAGCUUCCGGCCAACUUCCCAGCAGAUAUCCCUGGUGUUUGUUACUUUUUGGAGGCUGCUGAUAAUCAGUCCGUCAAGCCUACGAGUGACUCUGAAAUGAAGUGAAGUUGCUGCAGCACUGCACACUUCAUGCCUGAGCACACGUAGACUUAUUUACAGUUCAGUGCACACUCUGUGUAUAUUUUUCGCUUGGAUUGUCUAGAUAUUAUAGAUAUUGUUCUACUGAUGAAACUCUUGUCAGCUCCUUACACUUAGAAAGAUGUCAAUUUGUUCUCAAAUAUUUGAGUGCCAUCUCUGUACAAUCAAAUGUGUACAGUUUUAGUAGCCAGAGAAUCACCAGUCACAUUUACUUAUUUUUCCUUACAGAAUGUGUCUUCUCUUGAAAUAGAUGAGUUACAGAAAUUAGUUUUCUAUGUGAGCUCCCUGGUGAGGUACAGUAUCAACCCUG